CCUGGUUAUCAGUUAUAUCACGUGACUCAAGCUUUGUUUUGCUUGACAAAAUGGCGGAUAAAGAUGAUACUUUGCCGCCAGAUUUAAGUGUUUGGACUAGAGAAGCAGAGUAUGGUUCAGAAGUGCAUCAGUAUAAGUUGGGUGUGCAUUAUCUCACACUUGCAGAGACGGACAUUGACAAAGAAGCUAGUGCUGCUAAAGCAGUUACAUGGCUUUUAGCAGCUUCAAAACAAGGCCACGCCGAAGCUACAGAAAAGCUGAGACACUGUGUUGAUAUAAAUCUUGGCAUCACAGAGAAGAAUAAAUCUGACAUCAAAUGGUGUCUUGCCACAUCUGUAUCUGAGAAGAAAAUUCGUCAUGCGGCAAAGUCUCUGUUUUCUAAAAUAAGUAACACAAACCAAAAGACUUUAUCAGGUGUGGAAUAUGCUGAAGCCGUCGACAGUCUAGACAUCAGUGAAAGAGAAAAAAAACUUUUGCUUGCUGCUGGGAAAAAAAUAGGAGAUACCGUUACUGAAAAUGCUUUUGUGAAAACGCUUUCCAGGAAAAUUCAUGGAACUUUAACAUGGACAACAGAAGAAAGCAAUGAGACGUCUACAGCAUAUGAUUCAGCUGGUUUUGUCAAAAGGGUAUUAACGUAUCCCAAGCAAACAGCAUCUGUUGUCCUGAAUCAAGGGCUUGAAUAUGCCAGCAGCGAGGGUCUCAACUUUUUGCUGUCUCUCAUCCCGUAUAACCAAAUCUACCUACUGGUUAUGAUACUGAUUUACAGCUACCUGACCCCUAAUUUCUUUAUGUUGGUUGUGCCCUUACUGGCCUUUUACAUUUCUACUUUGACUUUAGUGAUAGCAACCAUGCAGAUGUUCUACAAAAAGCGCAAACAGAAAGAGUCUACAACACUUGUUUCGUUAUUACAGGAACAGUUGAAGGUGGACAUUGAUGUUGAAAGUACAGAAUCACAGUACUUGUGGAAUACUCUGACACCUUACUUAGUCUACUUUGGAACCCUACCUGUAAUGGUUGCUAGUUUUUCAUUAGCCAAUAAGAGUUACAUCCCAUGUGGAGAACUCUUUGUUGUCAGCAUUGUCAUGACAGGCUUUUGUUUUAUUGGUCUGAACGAUAACCAUGACCUCUUGACUUUGUUGACCCUUUUGGCUCAUGCUGUAGCAUCAUUGCCCGUCUUUUUGAGCUUUGUACCUAGCUUGCCAGUUAUUUCUAGCCUUGUAUCGAUUUUAACAAAGCCCUUUUUCUCUGUGGGUGUAGGAUAUGGUUUGACCUUUAACCUAAGCUUGCCAUCUGUUGUUCACAUGCUUAUUCCCAUACUUUUGUUUCGAAUGGCCAUGAAAGGCUCAUGGUCAGGGGCAUACAAAAUUUUAAUCCCUCACUUAGUCUGCUAUUUCUGGUUUAGCAUUUCAACGGCAGCCUUUCCUCAUGUGACCUACAAAAGCUUGCUAAGAGCGACCUUUGGUUACCUAUUACUUCCGGUGCUUAUUCCUGCUACCUUUUUUCUAGCUAUUGGUGGUAUUUUAUAUUUACUGUACAAGCUGUUUCAUACAGAAAUGACAGCAAAGCUUGUAAUCACAGCCAUUUUAUUUGGGAUUUCACUUCUCCUAACUCAGUCCAAAUCUCUCUUUGGUAAGAAAAACAAAAGUACUGAUAAUUCAUUAAAGUCAAACAAAUUAAAGAAAGCUCUCAUGCUGGGCUUUGCUAUUCUGGGGCUGGUUCAGUUGUUAUAUAUACCACUACCAACAUUCACCAAAGUUAAACAUUUCGAUUUAAAUUGGCAAGAUUUUAAAGAGAUGUGUUUACCAGGACCGGAUGACCUUUGGGCACCUUAUCAGAUGCGUUGCCAGGAUUUUGUUGGACUAAAAGUGCACUGGAAAGGGACAACCAGGCAAGUGAGAAUCACUAAAGUUGAGAACACCAUGGAGACUGUGAUCAAAUCCCUGCCUUCCAUUCUGUCUGAUCCACUGUAUUCUAUUUAUGGGGACAAAAUGGCGGAGUGUAACGAGCUAACAAUGAGCCACACGGCAUACAAACAUUGCCAGUCUGUCAAAUCUUUGGGCAGAGUCCACCAUUUGAGAAGUCAGAACGAGUACACAUUUUCCCUGAGUGUUUCUGUGGAAAGCUACCAGUUAAAUGUAGAUGCCGGGUCUACAUUCAAAGGGAAGCUAAUGGCCCUACAGCCUGGUGAUGAACUGGAAUUCACGGCAGUCCUUGUUGACAUUGGAACCCCGAACCCUAGUCUCAAACUAAAAUCCUUCAACUGCACCAGUAGAGAAUUGCCGGGCAUGUCCACAGUGGAUGUGGGGGAAGUGGAUGAGACUACAGUCUAUAACAUGUUGACUGAUGCUUUAGGAAUGACCCUCAAUUUUUGUCUCUUCCCAGUUUUUAUUUAUUCACCUGACUCUCUUUAAUUACAGUAAUUAUUUAAUUAAUUUUAGUCAAGUAUUUUUCUUAAUGUUUUUGCCAACAGAUCUGUAAAAAAUUGUCGUUAAGUUAUCAUAAGAUAUUAUGAUUAAAAGACAAAUAAAAAAAAUAAUUAAUUUCUACUUUAUGUUGAAAUAACAUAGUGAUCUUAAGAUAACUAAUUUAUUUGUCAUUGAAAAAUAAAAUGGCCAGUUUGGGGAUCAACGUAGCUAAAACCAGCCAUAUUACUUAUGUGCAAUUCAUUUUUUUAACUUGUGAUUUUGAGUUUUUGAUACGAGAUUUUCACCAUGUAUGAGCUAAUGGUAAGAGUUGAAUAAUAAAGUUAUACAUGUUCAACAAAAAGAUAAGAACACUAGUUAUUGUAAACAUAUAAAUGAAAGACUACAAGUAUUUUAUUUUUUAUUUUUAAGUAUUAGAUCGUUUUUCAAAUCAAAAUGAUAAAUUGCCAGUAGAUUUUGAAAAACUAUAUGUUUGAAGUUUUUCAACAACAUAGACAACAUAGGUGCUUACACAGAAAUGUGCACCGUGUAUGAAAUUCUGUAUAUAUUAUAUUCAUUACAUGCAUUAACAUUUAGGUGAAAAAAUUUCAGCCUUGUUAUACGCACUGUUUAACCAACUUAAAUCAAAGUAUAAUCAAACAAGGGUUUAUGGGAAAAAAAUUAAGAAUCAUGUUUUUUUUUUCUAAAUGCUUUUUCUUUUCUCUUCAAGUUGCACUGAACCUUCCACACUCUGCUAACACUUGUGAUAAACAUUUUUUUGAUUUGAUAAAAUAAUUUGUUGACCUAUUGAAGCUGAAAGUUUACUUCCAUAUAUUAUAUAUACUUUAUUUUUCCUUACAAAAUGAUAAUUGCUUGUAAAUGAAGCACUCGUUUUGCAGAUUUCUCCUACAUUUUAUCUUAUACAAAAAAAACAUCAGUGCUACAAAUUUUGUAGAAACAUUGCAGAUGGAAUAAAUAUAUAUAUUUUUUUAAAGCAUAGAUGCUAUGAUCAAAGAUUUGGGUACCGUAUUGUUAAUGGAAAUGGCUUUGUUUGUUGUAAUUUUGUCAAUAACAAUGAUUUGUGUAAAUAUGUGGGAUAUUAUACACCUUUUGAUCUUCCUUUAAUGUUCAACACUAUAAGCUCCCUUUGGAAUAGUGUUAAGAUAAUAGCAUUGUAUUAUUAAAGAAAUAUCAUGUGUGAAAUAGAAACAGAUGACCUUAACAUCAUCUGCCCUAAAGACUGCAUGGUCUAAUAGGGAAACAUUACUUUUUUUUAAAACUUGUAUUUGAAUUGUUAUGAACAUGUGAUGUUUUAUUUUACAAUCAUGUACCGGUUCAUGUGUUUUGAUAUUAAUAUUUCACUCUACAUUAUUCACUUAUUAAAGGUUUAUUUAAAGUAACAAUAUAAAUUUAUAAUUUUUCUUUAUUAUUAUGGCUGUGAAUGAAAUCACAUUUUUUUUGGUUGUAGCUUGAUAUUUUUUUAAAGGGUUAGAUGUUUUUAAAACAUUAUAGAGCUCAUAUCACGCUUCCAUAAAACUCAUUAUAGAAAAAAAACAAAUAAACAAGUACAUUUAUUGAAUGUACACAACUUGA